AUGAUCGUAGACGGAAGUUUCCUUAAAGCAUCAUAUAAGGGUACCAUAUUGACUGCUUGCACACAGGAUGGAGCUGUUGGAAAAAUCCUUCCACUUGCAUAUGCAAUUGUAGAUUUAGAGAAUAACAAAUCUUGGGAGUGGUUCUUUGUCCAGAUAAAGGGUACUUUUGGAGUUAGAGAAGGGAUGUGUAUAGUUUCAGAUAGAAAUGAAAGCAUCUUCAAUGCCACAAAAGCUGUGUACCCAGAAGUACCACAUUGUAUUUGCACGUUUCACUUGUGGCAGAAUGUAAAGCGGACAUUCAAGAAACAUCACAAACAAUUGAAGGAUAUCUUAUUUGCUUUGGCUAGAGCUUACACGAUAGAGAAGUUUGAGUACCAUAUGACAGAAAUGUGCAAAAUUGAUCCGAGGGUACAACCUUACUUGUUCGAAAUUGGCUACGAAAAGUGGUCUAGGGCAUAUUCCAAAGUGAAAAAGUCGAUGGUAAUGACUUCCAAUAUUGCAGAGUCAAUUAAUGCAGCAAACAAGGAUGCUAGAGAGUUAUCAGUAAUGCGAUUGCUGGAGUACAUGACAAAUUUGCUACAACAGUGGAACAACAAAAACAGAAAAAGUGCAAUGGAGACAUCUAUAGAGCUUGGCGAAAAGUACAACAAACUCCUUCGGGAAAAUCUGAUUGCAUCGGAGCAAAUGACGGUAAAAUGA